AAUCCCCAGAUACUCCCAAAUUAGACCUGGCGUCAGUGUUCAGCAAAUUUGACUCCCCAAAAACCCAGAAGGCUCGGAGACUUUUCGAGCACCAAACAAUGGCAAUAGCAGACGCUUUAGGCCAAGGGAUUUGAAGAUUGGGUUCAAAUGUAAAGCUCAUGAUUGCGGAGAAGAACAAGUUUCAAGGAAAGGCAUUGUCCGUGUCAUACACAAAGACCGCCAUUACUGCAAUUAAGGAGAAGUUCAGUUCAGAGCAGUUGGAAAGGUUUAAGGGGAGUUGUUUUGGUCCUCUACUACUCCUUCGAAAAAAUGACACCACAAAACCUCCUGGUCCUUCCUCUUUCAACCCCUAAAUUAAGCAUCGGAUGCCCAAUACUAGAUGGCUGCUUGGGUGGCGGCAUACCUUGCAACUCCAUAACAGAAUUGGUGGGGGAGAGCGGGUCUGGAAAGACCCAAGUUUGUCUCCAACUAACAGUAAGAGCUCAGCUCCCACCCUCACAUGGCGGACUAGGAGGGUCCUCCCUCUACAUACACACAGAAUUCAGCUUCCCACUUCGUCGACUGCAGCAACUAGCCAACCAUUAUCAGGCAUCACAUGCCAACUUGAUAGGGUUGAACCCAUUGGAAGACAUAUAUGUUCAUGCCGUUCAUGAUGCACAACAAAUGGUCCAUGUGCUUCGAGACAUAGAAACAUUUAUGGGCAUUGGUCACACCCGGUUACCUGUAAAGCUCAUUGUCAUUGAUUCCAUUGCUGCAUUGUUCGGGUCACAAUAUAACAGAACACCCGCUGAUUUGAAAUGCCGGUCUGAAAUGUUUUUCAAGAUUUCCGGGAAAUUGAAGGCUUUGGCAAAUAAGUUUGGGGUGGCAGUGGUUCUGACCAACCAGGUGGUGGAUGUCAUUGGGCCAGCUGAUGGAAUAGAUGGGGUGAGAUUGGGAAAUUUGGAGUGCUUGCAUACAUCAGCCAGACGGGUUAGUCCAGCAUUGGGAUUGGCUUGGGCACAUUGCGUCAAUUCAAGGGUGUUCUUGUCAAGGCAUGAGGAAUCUGUUGGGGUUAACAGUCCUUAUGCACAUUCAACAAGUAUAUCCAGUCAAACACAAAGGAGACUUCAUGUUGUUUUUUCCCCACAUUUGGCCCCUGCAUCAGCUCAAUUUGUAAUCACAAAAGAAGGCCAAAAUCUGGGCAGAAGCGCAAGGCAUCAAUAUCUUCAUCCAAUAUCACUUUUGGUGAAUUUGAUGAUGAAAACCCGAAGGGCAAUAAGAAGAUCGUGCAUAGAGACGUUGAACGACAAAGAAGACAAGAAAUGGCCACCCUUUAUGCAUCUCUUCGAUCACAACUCCCCCUCGAAUAUCUCAAGGUGAGUGAUGGGAGAAGCAUUGAUACGUCUGAGCUCCAACAGAGAUUGACAAAAACUUAUGAUCAGCCAGCUGACUUCAAAUAAGGUGCUGGGAGAAUUGAUAUCCUUUGUAAAAUUUUGGCGUGAUGUGUUUAUAUCCCUGUAGAUAUUCGACCUUCCAGACACUUAAUGUGGCUGAGAGUUUUGGUGUGAUGUGUUUAUAUCCCUGUAUAUAUGCAAAAUUUGUGUUUUAUUAAGA